UUUAGGUUAAACCGUUUCAACUGUAAUAAUCUUUGACAUUAGCCUAUAGAGUCCUAAUGGGUUUAUGAGUUGGGGGAAAUUGAGGGCUACGAGGGAAGGGGGUAGGGUCAUGUGGGUGUGUGAGAAGUAUUUUUAAUAGCCAGAUCUACUUAUUCAUAAUAAAAACAACACGUGACAGAAAUAGACUAAAUUGAUAACCAGAUUGAUAGGACAAAAGACAUUUUGUUCUAUCAUGAUUAGUUAGAAUAAUUAAAGAAUUAGGACACAUCAAGCUUUAUUAUAUUAUUUUAUUUCGUUGUAUAUUUUCAGAAACAUAUACAGUCCGAUGUAUUCCGUUUAAAUGUUUCCAUUUAGCUUAAAUAAUAUACACCCGACUAUUCACAGCUGAAGUUCUUUUUGAAUACACACAGAGAUGCUGAUUGGUUCGAAAGAAACCGUCCAUUACAAAAGAGUAUGAACAAAAACGUGUAUUUUCUACGCUCGAAUAAGAUCAUGUUUUUGUUUUCUUUUAUUUAACCACAGCAAGUAUUAAUUUUGGGUUAUCUGCGUAGUAAUAGAAGAUGUAGCGCGUUCAGAAACGAUUUCCGAGAGUGUUUUUGCUUUGGAUAAGGUUAUGUAACACGAUUGUACACAGUCUGCUAUUCUAACUGGCCGCGGGCAAUGUUGAGGGAGCGUGCGUCAGAGCGAGCGCAGAGUACGAACACGUAAUACUACUAUCAAAGGGGUUUACGGAAUUGAAAUUAAAUAAAUAAACAUAUCUGGAAGAAAAAAAAGAGUCUACAACAAAACUGAGGGAUGGACUUCCCUGUGGAUGUCCUGGGCUCCAUGAGCCAAGAAGAUCUGCAGAGCUCGGCUGAACUUUACAUGUCAGAUCUUCUCUACAGUAACCCAGACCGACCAGAGCAUUUCACACUGCCCAACUCCAAACAGAUUCCCCUCAGCGUAUCCACUGCGGGGUUUGUCCCACUCUACGGAGAGGACCUCAGUCAGAAGGUGCUGGCUCUCUUCGCUCCCGAGGACCAGUCCACAGCUGUAGCGCUGUACCUGGUGGAUCGGUGGUGGUCGGUGGAAGACAUCCUCAAAACCUCAGACCCUUCCAGAGAGGGUCUGCAGAAGGUGAACACACUCGGAGAGAGGAUAGUGCUGUAUGUUCUCAACCGCAUAGUGUACAGAGCCAAGGAAAUGGGAAAAAAUGAAGUACCUUUUCUUUGUCACUGUGAAAAUGAUUUUGCCAAAGUCCUCUGGAAAGAUGGUGAGGCUAUCGGAUUUUACUCAAUCAAACCUGAAGGCAGCUUGUGUAACAGCUUCUUGACCCAGUGCUAUCAGCUUCCUGUCAUGGAUUCCCUGUUUGUCAGGAAGGCACACCGUGGUCAUAGAUAUGGCCUUCGCAUUCUGGAAGACUUUGUGGAUUGUUUCAAAGAGGAAGCCCUCGGUCUGAAGUACCCUCUCAGCCCAGCCAUGUACAGAGUGUGUGAACAGUAUCUGACAGCUUACCCAGCAGACACGGAGCUGCUUUGGGAGGUUCAGAGCGUAGGAGGCCCCUUUCAGAGGUCUCAAAUAGCCAACAAGAUCAAAACGACGACUUACAGAGCGGAGGAUUCAUCGUCAUCUUUGCUUCGAGAAUCGAUGGAGACUGAAGUUGUCACAAUGGAAGAAACCAUUCAGGGAAUUGUGACAACAUCUAUUGAGAGCACGGAAGAAGUGGUGAUUAUUAAUAAGCGUAUAAAAGAAACAGAAGGCAUCGAAGGCACGCCUGUCUCAACUCGCACAAGGAGCGGGGAAUUCAGGCGCAAGAGACUAAGAAAGGAAACUGCAGGAGUUUCUGAAGAAUGCCUACCAGAGAAAAUCCACAGGGUGGAAGAAACCAAAGCUGUGGUGGAAGCUCCUGCUGCGGAGCUGGUAGCCGACGAAUCGGUAGAAGAGAAGGAAGAGAAAGGAGGCCUCAGUGAUGAGGUGGCGGACGAGACUGUGGCCCCACAGGAAGAGGACCGAAAGGAGGAAGAGGAAGCCAUGGAAGCUGGGCCUGUACAAAAUAUGGAGCCAGAGCCCAUGGACUGCAAUGUGAUUACCGAUGAAGAGCAAGAGGAGGGAGCGGCCAACCAGGAAUUGGGGGAGCCAGCGGCUUUACAGCGGAAGGGUAUUCAUAUGGAGGACAUUGAGAUGGACACUGAGGUACAGGAUACUGUACAUACAGUUCCUAAAGAAGUGGCUAAAGACUCUGCAGAGCAGGAGGUCUCUCCAGAAGUGGAGUGCCCCCCUGUAGAAGCUGCGCUGCCAUUGGAGGAUGCUCACUCGGACGAGUCUGCAGUAGUUCCUUCAAAUGUAACGGCAGAGGAAGAGGAAGACAAUGACGAAGAACCAAGCCCUGAAAUGGAGCAGACAGAAACUCAAGACAAAUCCAGCCCACUGAGAGACGAUGGACAAGAAGAAGCAGCUGAGGAAGAGACAGAAGAGACCGAGACCUCCAAGGACUUCUGCGAUAAUGCUGUUCUGCUAGUUGAUCUAAAGGAGGUCUCCUAUCAACUAUCUGAGAAAGGUGGCAAUGAUCAAAUAGUAGAGGUUGAGAAGAAGAUACAAAAGGAUUGUAGUGAACAUAGAGUAGAGACAAUACUGGAGCAGAAUGAAUUGGAGAAAAAAGUGCAAGAUAAGGAGGAAGAUGAGGAUGUGACUGCAGAUGAAUCUCCUCUCGUGGACGAGACGACAGAAAAAGAAUCAGUUGAGGAGCUAGAGAAAGAAGAUGAAAUGGUAGAGGAGGGUGGGACGGGUCAUAAUAAAAAUAUGGAGGAGGAAGAAGGUGGAGAAACAACAGAAAAAGACCAAGCUCCAGUAGUAGAAAGUAGAGUUUUGAGAAACAAAACAAAAACACCUGUCAAAAAGACAACUGUACGUAGAUCCAAACGACUGAGCAAACGACAACAGAAGGAAGAAGAAGAAAAGGUAGAAGAAGACCGGGAGGAUGAGGAUGAAGAGAUGGAGGAGGAAGAGGGAGAAACAACAGAAAAAGGCAAGUCUCCAGUGGCGGAAAGUAGAGUUUUGAGAAACAGAACAAAAACACCUGCAAAAAAAAAUACUGUGCGUAAAUCCAAACGACUUAGUAAACGACAACAGAAAGAAGAGGAAGAAGAUGAAAAGGUAGAUGACCAUGAGGAUGAAGAGACAGAUGAGGACGAGGAGGGUGGAGAAACAACACAAAAAGGCCAGUCUCUAGUAGUGGAAAGUAGAGUUUUGAGAAACAGAACAAUAACACCUGUCAAAAAAACAACUGUGCGUAAAUCCAAACGAUUUAGUGGAGCACAACAGAUGGAGGACAAGACAGAAGAACAGACAGUAGUGGAGCCACCGGAGCCUUGUGCAGAAAUGAUAGUUCUGAGAAACAAGACAGUAAUGAUCAAAAAAACAUCUAUUCGUAGAUCCAGACACCUGAAGGAGGAUGAGAACAACCAAGCAGCAGCAGGGGAGGAAGAGGAGGAUGUGGAGGAGGGCAGGGUUGAUGAGCAGAGAGAGGAAACUGUAGUGAUGGAGGAGGGAGGAGCAAAAGCAGAUGGGAAUAAAGAGAUUGAGGGAGAGGAAAGGGACGAAGAAAACAAUUCUGGGGAAAAACAUGAGGUAGAGGAAGAAAAUGUGGUAGUGGAUGAGGCAAAGAUGGAGGAUGAGGCUGAAAAGGUGGUGGAAGAGGAAAAUAUGGAAGAUAAGGAGGAUGAGGUUCAAACAUUAACAGAGGAGGAGGAAAAGGUGGUAGAAGAAGAAAAGAUGAUGGAUGAGGGUGAAAAGGCGGUGGUAGAGGAGAAUGUGGAAGACAAGGAGGAUGAGGUUCAAACAUUAACAGAGAAGGAGGGAAAUGUGGUAGAAGAGGAAAUGAUGGUGGAUGAGGGUGAAAAGUUAAGAGAGGAGGAGGAGGAAGAAAUAGAGGAUGAGGGUGACAAGCUGGUAGAAGAAGAAAAUAUGGCGGAUGAGGCUGAAAAGGUGGUGGAAGAGGAAAAUGUGGAAGAUAAGGAGGAUGAGGUUCAAACAUUAACAGAGGAGGAGGAAAAGGUGGUAGAAGAAGAAAAGAUGAUGGAUGAGGGUGAAAAGGCGGUGGUAGAGGAGAAUGUGGAGGAUAAGGAAGAUGAGGUUCAAACGUUAACAGAGGAGGAAGAAAACGUGGUAGAAGAGGACAAGAUGGAGGAUGAGGCUGAAAACAUGGUGGCAGAGGACAAUGUGGAGGAUAAAGAGGAUGAGGAGGGGGGGCAGGCAGAUGAGCAGGAGGAAGAGAUGGAGGAGAAAGAGGGAGAAACAACAGAAAAAGGUCAGUCUCCAGUGGCGGAAAGUAGAGUUUUGAGAAACAGAACAAUAACACCUGUCAUAAAACAACUCCGCGUAGAUCCAAACGGCUUAGUAAACGACAACAGGAAGAAGAGGAAGAAGAUGAAAAGGUAGAUGACGAUGAGGAUGAAGAGAAA